AUGGCCGCCUCGAAGCCCGUGGAGGCGCCGGGCGGCGGCGGCUCCGGCACGGGUCUGUCCCGCUGGCAGCUUGCUUUAGUGCUGGGGGCGCCCAUCCUGCUGGGCGCCGGCGCUGUCUACCUGUGGGGGCGGCGAGCGGCCCGCCGCGGCGGGAAGGGCGCGAGCGAGCGAAAGACCCCCGAAGGGCGGGCCAGCCCCGGCCCCUAUGGCGGCGGCGCGCAGCCCGAUGGGCCCGGCCACGAGGAGAUGAGCCCUCUUGAUAGAGCCCAAGCAGCCAAGAACAAAGGAAACAAAUAUUUUAAAGCUGGAAGAUAUGAGCAAGCCAUUCAGUGUUAUACUGAGGCUAUCAGCCUGUGCCCUCCUGAGAGAAAUCUUGAUCUUUCUACCUUCUACCAAAAUAGAGCUGCUGCCUAUGAACAGCUGCAAAAAUGGACAGAAGUGGCACAAGAUUGUACAAAGGCUGUGGAGCUUAAUCCUAAAUAUGUGAAAGCUCUCUUCAGACGUGCAAAGGCUCAUGAGAAGCUAGACAAUAAGAAGGAAUGCUUAGAAGAUGUCACUGCAGUCUGCAUUUUAGAAGCCUUCCAAAACCAGCAGAGUAUGUUAUUAGCUGAUAAAGUUCUCAAACUCCUUGGAAAAGAAAAGGCCAAAGAGAAAUACAAGAAUCGUGAGCCUCUGAUGCCCUCGCCACAGUUCAUUAAAUCCUAUUUCAGUUCUUUUACGGAUGAUAUCAUCUCCCAGCCUUUGCUUAAGGGUGAGAAAUCAGAUGAGGAUAAGGAUAAGGAGGGAGAGGCUUCUGAAGUAAAAGAAAACUCUGGCUAUUUGAGAGCAAAACAAUAUAUGGAAGAGGAGAACUAUGACAAAAUUAUCAGUGAGUGCACAAAAGAAAUUGAAGCAAAGGGAAAAUACAUGGCAGAAGCUUUGCUUCUGCGAGCUACUUUCUACUUACUUAUUGGCAAUGCAAAUGCUGCCAAACCAGACCUAGAUCAGGUCAUCAGCAUGGAAGAUGCAAAUGUGAAGCUCCGAGCUAAUGCUCUGAUCAAACGAGGAAGUAUGUAUAUGCAGCAGCAGCAACCUGCACUGUCCACUCAAGAUUUUAACACAGCUGCUGAUAUCGAUCCUCAAAAUGCAGAUGUUUACCACCAUCGAGGACAACUGAAAAUUCUGCUUGACCAAAUUGAAGAGGCUGUGGAAGACUUUGAUGAAUGUAUCCGAUUGCGACCAGAUUCUGCCUUGGCUCAAGCGCAGAAAUGUUUUGCUCUGUAUCGCCAAGCAUAUACAGGGAAUAAUCCUUUGCCUGUGCAAGUGGCUAUGAAAGGCUUUGAAGAUGUCAUUAAAAAGUUUCCAAAGUGUGCUGAAGGCUAUGCUCUUUAUGCUCAGGCACUAACUGAUCAACAGCAGUUUGGCAAGGCUGAUGAAAUGUAUGAUAAAUGCAUUGAUCUUGAGCCAGACAAUGCCACUACGUAUGUUCAUAAAGGUUUACUUCAGCUUCAGUGGAAGCAAGAUUUAGACAAAGGUUUAGAACUCAUAAGCAAGGCCAUUGAAAUUGAUAACAAAUGUGAUUUUGCAUAUGAAACCAUGGGAACGAUUGAAGUGCAAAGAGGUAAUCUAGAUAAAGCCAUUGAAAUGUUCAACAAAGCUAUCAACCUGGCCAAAUCUGAAAUGGAGAUGGCCCACCUCUACUCGCUCUGCGAUGCUGCCUACGCCCAGACAGAAGUUGCAAAGAAGUAUGGAUUGAAACCACCAACACUGUAAAAACAAACACAAAACAAACAAGAGGAGGAAAUGACUUCACUUUAGAAGUUGCCCACUUCAGUCAGCCCUAAAGACGCUGUUGCAAACCAUGUUGAAUGGUGGAACUUAGUUUUUUCCCGUUCGUGGUGUUGUCAUUUGCUACAUCUGUUAAAUGUUUAGGUGUUGUGGGAAUGGUUAUUCAAGGGAGUAUGCACUGUUGCAUCUUGUUUCUUCUGCAACAAAAACCUUAAAGCAUUUUAAGGGGAAAAAAAGUUGCAGAGGAACAAAUGGAAGAUACUUAGGCCAUGCAAAUAAAAACUUUAUAUUGGUUCAUUUUGAGUGAUUACGUUAUGGGUGAUUUUUGCUUUACUAAAUAAUGUUACAGCAUGUUUUUUUUUCCCCUGUUGAUUUUAAAGGUAAUACUAGUCAGUGCUGUAAAAUAGGUAUCUCUUUUAUAUUAAUUCUUGAGGGUUGAUUUUAAUUUUGCAAAAAGGAAAAAAAAAAAAAAACAAUUUACAAACUGUUUGUUAACAGAUUUUUUCUUUUUUAAAGCCAGUAGCUGUGAAGAGAAUUCUGUAAAUAUAUGCAAGCAUGCACAAUCUUCCCUUAAAGCCCUUCCUACCCUCUGCAUUACAACUUAAAAAUAGUCUUGUGGCAGCUAUUAGGGAAUUAAUUUGAUAGUCCUUAUUCUCACCCCAGAAAGCCCAGGUGUCCAUGUAGGAGAGCUAGUACAAAGGUUUUUUGGGGAAAGAGGCUAGGUAAUGCUACUUUACUGCAGAUUUUACUGGAAGAGAUGCCAUGUUCCUGUGCAGCAAUUCUUACUUGAAUGUCACAAGAAAUUGUUCUGUAGGGUUCUGAGAGACUUUGAAGGAUAGAAAGCACUGCUGGGAGUGGAGCUGCCAAGGUACGGUCAUGCUUGCUUGUGGUCUCUCCAUUGCUGAAAUCUGAGAGUUCAUACAACUGUCUAAAUUCUCUUCUUUGGUCCCUAGAGACUUCUGUGUUCUGCUCUAAUCCUUGUAAUAGCCCUCUGCAGGAUUAAGUGAGGUAAAGAACAAGGCAUAGUCUAAACCCUCAAAUCAUGGAUUCAGAACCUUUGCUAGUUCCCUUGUUCCUCAGGCCUUGUAUUGUCUAAGAUUACAGAUACUGAACAAAAGAAGCAACUGUUUGGCAAAUAGCAGGUUGGCAAGUUACUACUAGCAUAAACACUCAUCCUCUAACUAUGAACUUCAGUGAGCACUUCUCUGCUGCUUUGGGUUGAUCCAUCUGAUACUGUAGUCAGUCUGUGGUGCCUCUCCCUGGGCUGAUGUGGCUGGAUAAAACUCAUGCAAUUAUGUAAUUGAUGUCGCUUAGUUUACCAUACAUUGAUCUGUGCUUCUACCCGUUCUAAAAUCAUAGAUUUGCUUGUGUUGAAUUUUGUAAUGUAUUUCACCUCUUAAAGAAAUGAACCAGACUGCCAUCAAACUGUCUUGUUCUCUCCUUGUGGCACUCCAUAGCAGCAGCUUGUGUUUUCAACUUGACCUACCUUUCUUCCAGCAAAAACAAUUGAGAAUGGAAAUGGUGAACUGUAGAUGUGGAGAGUUAAUCUUUGUAUUUUAGUUAGCUUACUGAUGUGAUCCGAAAUCGUGGCGUUGGCAUAGAAUUGAAGGCACUGGAAGGUACUUGCAGCUGCUAAGGACAUUGUGUGUAACAAGUGUCAAAUGCCUUCUGGAACUUGCUAUCUCUGCAUCAGUUCCUGCAUUUGUUCCCGAGAACAAAACUAUGCCGUUCUGACCGAGUUGUCCUGUUCUCCCGAGGAGUUUUUAUUUGCAUGGCCUUAUUUACAUUGGCUUUUUCUCCUCUUCACCCUACUUUUACCCUGUUCCUGUCCCCACCAAACCAAUUAAGGGAAAAAAGCAUGUGCUCUCAAAUACUAGCAUUCCAAAUCAUCACAGACUCUUGCCUGUUCUUGAACUAGUUUGAAACUGCACUGAAAAGGAUGCAUUGUCUGUAAUUUUUUUUGUAAAUGACGUAUCACCUGUAAACUGAAAAAAAAAAAAUAAAUAUUACCUUCAAGUAUCAUUCUCUGACAUGAAUAAGAGCAGGUUUUGAUGGAAGUGUUCUCUGCACUUAUUUGGGUCGCUCCGCAUCUAGGAAGAAUUAAUAAUAACUGACUGCCUCUCAUCUCUCACCUGAGCCUUGAAGAAAAGAUGAGGAGACAUGGAAUGAAGGAACCUUAUCUCUGAUUGCUACCAUCCCCUGCAGAGGUAUGAUCUGGAGGGCUGAAGCUUGCAGGGAGAUAGAGCUGGGAAUCUGAGUAGCUGACACCCUCUUCAUACGCGUGUGCAGUUAGAUCCUGCUCAGGCUCCUCCAGGGAAAGGGAAUUCAUUUCUUUAUUGGCUGAUGUGUGAGGGUUUGUUUUAGGCCAGGUAUACAUGUGAACUUGCCUUGAAAUGUUUUUUUUUGUUGUUUGUUUGUUUUGUUUGUUUUUUUAAAUAGGGGUUGAGGGCUACUGUUGAAACAAUUAUUGCUGCUAUUUAAAGAAAAAAAACACAGUGAAGUCAUGUAGGAAGUUGGUAAUGAAGGUCUGGAUAGACACUGUGUAUGGUAGAACCUAUGGGAAGUUGGUUCUUUGCAUAGUUGUUAUGCAUCUUAAUUCUGAUCACAUAAUUCCUGCUGUUUGUGUUAAGAUGCAGAGGUUAGUUUGCCAAAAUAGAGAUUAAAAGCUGUGCCUUGAUUUAGUAGGAUCUACUUUCACAGCCAUUUCAGAGCUGUUACUGGCUAGUUUUAUAUGUUUAACAGAAUAUCAGUGCACAUGCAAAAAGUGGAUACUUUAAAGUGCCUGUCUCCUGCUAACAUAGAAUUGAGUACUGGCUGCUUUAGCUACCUAGCUGAGAACCAGUUGUGUACAUUUUGCUUGCAAAACCCUCUCAAGUUCACAGUCCAUUGGUAUCAUUUCUGAGUGACUGAGUAAAUUUUCCUGGAGAUUCCCAAUGCAGCCUCCUAGGACAAGGUACUUACAACUCGACCUGACAAAUAAGGCUGAGCUCACAUCACCUCUUCAGCUUCGUUCACCAAAGUGGGCCACUACACAUUUUCACUUGUUCUGUCCAUUUGAAAUUCCAGGGGGAGGAUCAUCCAUGCCACAGAUUUUGUUUUAUUGCCUGUUUCAGACUGGAUCUUACAUCACCGCAUUGAAGUGGUUAGCUGUUGAGAGACCUGCAUUUCUUUUAUCCUCCAAAGAUGAGUGCUCCAUUUUGCUGUAUAUUAGUAUAGUGUAGGGGUGGUAGGAAAGAUGUGGUAGUUCAGAAGGAUAUAUAAUAGCUGGUGUGGUUUAGAAGUCAGACCCCUGUGAUGGCCUUUCAGUAGUGUUGAUUGUUAUGUAUGUGACAGGCACCAAUUUAAUGCAGUAAAUCUGACUCAAUGUUAAUUUUUCUAUUUUUCAACAAAUAAAUUUUCAUUUCACCUUA